CAUUAUGAUUAUGCGGUAACACAUUACACUGAUAAGGAUGGAGGAUAACCCUUCUCCAGAGGAGAUCAGAAAGAGAAGAUUAGCAUACUUUGAACUGAACAACUCUAGUCUUGCAGCAAGUGCAGCAUUUGAGAAGGAAACAGGCUUAAACACUUUGAAUCUCAAAGAAAAGUCUAGCGACUUGGAGGGAAAGCUCACCCAGACUCAGCCACUCGCUGAUGAUAAUUUUGAGCAGAAAUCUACAAGGAAUCAAUUUUUGAGUUACCAAAAUCAUUUAAGUGCCACAGACAAGAGAGAAGCAAGUCACAGUCUGGAGAGAUUGCCAACAAGGAAAAUAUCAAAUGAGGCCACACCAAAGGAGGCAACUGCAAUAAGAGCAGAGAUCAGAGAUUUCACAGACAAAGGAGAGGGGGAGAAGUCAAAGACAGAUAGUUUUACGUUGUUGAGAGAGGAACUGAGAGCUAAAGCUCAGUGUGGGGAUGAGGAGGGGUAUAACAGUGCAGUAGAAAGACUGAUAAGUCUGGCCAAACAGGAGAUAGCAGAGAGUGAGAACCAGAAAAAUUCCAGUCAGAAUUCCGCAAAAGCCAGGUACUCGGAGCACUCACCUCGAUAUCUUCAUCAUGGAGAAACCUCCCUCCAGAAAAAAACAACAUCAAGUUCUCAGGUCUCUCCAAAAAUUGAUUAUGUUUCAUCAAAGAAAGAAAAUCUUUCACCCAUUGCUGUGGAAUAUGAAGACUUCUUUAGUAAAUCUUCAAAACUCAAGAAUUCUGGUAAGAGUCCUCAGGUUAAGGAGUCUCUCGAGGAAACUGAGCCUCAUCAGUUGUUCCAGAAAUCUCUUGGAAAUGUGGACGAUUUAGGUCUGUCUACUCACAGGCCAGAGGAAAAGCCUGUCAAGUCAAUUGAGAACUUUAUCCCAGGAGAGAUGAGACAGGUAUUAGGGGAAGAGAAGUACAACGAAUUCCUGAAAAAAUCCACAAAGGACAUAGAUCAUCUUAAUAGUGAUAGGAGUUCAUCUGUUGAGGAGAAAUUACAGAAACCAGAAAAGCCAAAACUUCCAGAGAAGCCAAAACAUCUAAAAAAUGAAUCAGGGCUGAAACUAAGUAUUGAAAAGGACAUUAGUAUGGAAAGAAAAUCAGAAAAAGAGAAACCAAGACUAAACAGACCCAGAUUUGAACCCUCUAAUAUUUACAGUCAGGAAAAUGAGGAUGAGGCAGAAAACCUCAGUUUACCUCCAUCCUUUCGUAAUGGAUAUGAAUCAGUUCACAGAAAUGUUGUCUUUUCUUCUGAUGAGAUUUAUCACCAGGCCUACCUAGGACAAAGUCCACCAGUAAACAAAAGUUACCAUGGUAACCCUGUCCACCUUUCAAGAGAUUACAGUAACGGACAGACAACAUCAGCUCCAAGAAGUAGUGCAGCUGUUGGAGGACAUAGCUACCCUGUACCAAUGUUUUCUCCCUCCCAGCUUGAUCAGUCUCCCUUCCCCUCCUCACAGGUUCCCCCACAUCAUUACAGAACACCUUACCCUCCACAAGAGGAGAUCAUGUACACAGCCAGAAGUCAGCAGUCAGAAUUGUAUAGACAGAUGUAUUCAGGGGUAACCCCAAGGCCUGCUGUAGCAGACAGCAAACUGAUGGACAAACCUGAUAUUGUUGAUCCCAAUAUGUAUAAGCCUUGGCCCCCAGAAGUACCUCCACAACAGUUCUAUGACAGUUUCAUGCCACACAAUAUCCCCAGAUCCCAAGAUAACAGAUACUUGGCUCCACACAUGUCUCACCCUCUAGAGGGCAAUCACUUUCCUUAUCCAGUCUCCCAUAUGCCAGACAAUUAUUACCCAGUACCCCCAGUUCCACACUCUCCAGACAGUCGCUAUGUUCCCCAGGUUCCACAGUCACCAGAUGGUCGGUACAUGCCUUUCCAGGUCCCAAGGCCCCCCAGUGUACCUUUUGUCCACAGUGCAGGUGAUGCAAGUAAGCACUAUCAAAGGAGGCAUGAAAUGAUGCAUCAUGGACCUCCAACAUAUCCACCUCAAUCUCCAGUCGUACCUGGACCAGAAGGAGAGGGGGGUUUUCCUCAUCCACCUCAGAGGCAUGGUGGAAUACCUUAUCCUCCACCUCCAGUGAAUGUGGAUUUAGCAUCAUAUUUCAGUUUCUUGGCUGCUCAAGGAUAUCCUGUGCCGUACCCUGUACCUGUCCCAGGAUUGGACAAGAAACAGCCCAAUGCAGACCCCGAGAAUAAAGAAUCACAGGAAAAAGAAAAUGGAGAUGAAGAGAUGCUGGAUAUGAUGAUCCCACACCCUCCUCUACAAAGGAAAGACUCCUCAGAAAAGACCAUCCACAGAAAAUCCUCACCUAGGAAGAUUGUAACUCAAGAGGAAGUGAAGAAAACUGAGGGGCUGCCAGGGAAGAAGAAGAGUGCACAGAAAACAGACAAUAAGAAACAGGAGGGGAAAUCUGUCAGUCAGAAACAUGAAGGGAAAUCCAGCACUCAACAACACGAGGGAAAAUCCAUCACUCAGAAACAGCAGAAUUCCUCACAGAGACAUGUAGAGGAGAUCAGGCAGUUCCAUGAACAAAGGCGACAGCAGGAGGCAGAAGAAGAUGCGCUGUUAGAGAAACAAAGAAAAUUUGCCAAGUCUUCUAUUGACCGAUACUUUUCCUCUCUGGAGAAGCUAUACUACCGGGACAGACAAGAGGAUAUCAGAGAGGAAGUGGAGCUGGAGGAAAUUCUGGAGGACUCACCACGGAAACAGGAGACAGAGGUCAACACAGAGGUCAACACGCAGGUCAGCAAAGCCACCAGUGUCAAAGCUGAGGGAAUCACUGAGAGAAUGAAUAAAAUGGGACUAGAUCUGUCAUUUCUGAGAGAAACAAAGAAAAGACCUGAGGAGUCCCAGAUUGAGGGGAAGUCGGUGUUAGUAUGUGAGGAUUGUGGGGAGGUAAACAAGGCCUACAUGAGCUGGUGUGGAGACUGUGGUGAAUCCCUGGCAGGAGUGGAGGUCACGAUAAUAAAGAAGUCCAAACCUCCCAGGGUAGCAAAGAAAGAGAGGACGUUCUCAAAGAAGAAGGUCCCCAGUGUACCUAGUGAUAGCUCUAGUAAUAAGUCAAGUCAGAAUGAUCAAUUCAGGGUGAUAAAAAAAGAAAGCCAGGACAGUGGUGUACCCUCCAGUGAGGAGCGAGAGAACACACAGGCAGGGAGGGAGAUAGAGGAAAUAUUUGAACAUGUCACCGACCCAGUGAUGAAGGGAUUUAUAAAUUCUUACUUCAGGAAAAAACAUAGUGAGCUUUUACAAAACCCUGAUGUAUCAGACCAAGUGGAGGAUCUCUGUAAGAGAAAUGAUCAUAAGGAGGGGAAAAAGUCUCAAAGUGAGAGUGAGGCAGAAGAUCAUAUAGAGGUAUUGGAUGAAAACAAUGUUUCUAAAAAUCAUCAUUCAAAUAAUGACAUUGAUAUGAAUGAUGAAGAUCUAUCAAAAUAUAUGGACAAUGAAGAAGUUUGGUUCCACGAGAGAGAAAAACCAAAAGAGAAACCUCUCAAACAUAAAAGAUCAGCCCCUAUAGAUGUGGAAGUGUUUAGUGUGCAGGAGAGCAGGCAACAAAGAGAUACAUGUCGGAGUCAGGAAAAAAUUGUCCCCAGUCUGAAUCUGUGUAUGAGCAGUGACGAGGACAAACCGAGGCCUGCUCUGGAUGUUUCUACAGACAGCGAAGACUGGCAGGAUUUCUUCCUACCAAAACAAGUGGGGGUCAAAGUGGAAAUACCAAAGGAACCUGAGGAAACCAGACCAUUCCUGGAGCAGGUGAUUGGAGACAUGAGAUCAUCUUCACCAACAAAGUCAAAGUCUAGAAAUACCAGACCAGAGAGGAGUGGGAAAAUGGUGAAGAGCAUUGUUAGGGAAUCUAUAGAGGCCCCAGGAUAUGAGAGGAAAUGGCAGAGGUCUAGUAUUGCCUGGUCAUCUUAUCAUACCAGGGAACUAAGUACAAAGUCAAGCCUCCCCCCUCAGAGGCCAGGGAGUGCAGGGGUAGCCAGGAGAGGGGGCAAAGGUAAUACCUCGGGUAGUACAGAGAACCUGGCAAGCAGGCCAAGGAGUGGGGGACCUCAGAAGAGACCCGCCCUGAAGUCUAGACCACUCAGUGCAGACCCUAAAGUCAGGAGCACCAGACAAGACUCCCGAGACGUAUCCAGUGUGGAUUUACCUGGGGAUUUAUCUGUAGAUAUACCUGUGGACUUACCUGUGGAGUCAGCACCUGUAGAGGAGGAGGAUCCUCCAUCAAUAGAACAGGUAGAGGAGGAGAGGACACAGAGUGCCUCAUCAGAAGAGGGGCAGAAAAACCCAGGGAUCAGAGUUCUGGAUGUCACAUACCCCAAGGUAACCCAGGAUAGUCCCUCCUCAGACCUCCCGGGGCUCGUGGACCACCGGCUGCAAGAACCCGAGACGGUAACUCCAGCAGCUGAUGCUGCCAGUGUGUUGAAUGCCUACCAUAAGUAUCAUGAAAUGACCCCACGUAUCCGGGAUGGCAAUUUUUCGGUGUGGUUGUGUCUCCCGGAUGAGCUACUGUUGAAUGUUUUGUCAUAUCUCCCUCACUCAGAUCUGAUCAAGUGUGCUCGGACUUGUCAACAUUUUUACCGAGUCUGCAUGGACAACACUCUAUGGCGCUACAUCACAAUUAAAAAGAAUCACAACUUAACAGAUGAGUCUUUGGAACAAAUUGGUAGACAUCGUCCUGUCAGCCUUGCUUUGAUUCAGUGUCAUGGUGACUACAUUACUGCCAAAGGCCUACGUAACCUCUUCAGGGCCUGUGCCAGCUCUCUUAAGGAGUUGAACUUUUUUGGCUGUAGCCGGGGGGCCCUGAUGGGGGACUGUAUCCUCCUCCAUGCCACCUCUCACUGUAAGGGACUGACCCACAUUGAUGCCAGCUGGUGUAAUGUCUCUGACAGUGGUAUAGGAGCUCUGGCCAACUCCUCAAACAGGUUGGAGAGUCUUUGUAUCAGUGGAUGUCAAAUGAUCACAAAUGAAGGACUGAUAACAGUCAUCAAAAAACAUGGAAAAUGGCUCCGAGUCUUGGAAAUGUUUGGAUGUUUCAACAUUAAAGCAAAUGGAAUAGAAUAUCUGGCAGCAAACUGUAUCAACUUAAAGACUCUGAAUCUGGGACAGUGUUACAAGUUGACAGAUUCGGUGAUUUCACGUUUGUCCACCAGUCUUAGUAAAGUGGAAACCCUGGAUUUACGGGGCUGUAAAAAGAUAAAAGACAACUGCAUAAGAUAUAUAGUGAAGUACUGUAAUCGCCUUCAAACUAUAAUCCUAGCCAACUGUCCAAAUAUCACUGAUAUCUCACUUCUAGAGAUAUCCACAUAUCUAAAGGAUAUCAGGAGCAUAGAUGUGUGUGGUUGUAGACAUGUGACAGAUGGAGGUGUCCGGGCCCUCGCUAACAACUGUACAAAUCUCCGGAGUAUUGAUAUCAGCUCUACAGGGUGUACUCACAGAAGUGUUUUGAUGAUGGCCAAUUUUUGCAGCCCGAGGUUGGAGUCGGUAAAGUUAAACUUCCUGUCUGACGUCACGGAGCAUUCAGUAAUUAAACUGAUAAAACACAGCAAAAGAUUAAAAUUGCUCCAUUUGUAUGGCUGUACAAGUAUUAGGUCCCUAGCAAACAUCAGAGAUGCUAAUCCUAAUGUCAAAGUGGAAAUGUAAAAAUAGAAAGACUGGAGGAAUUAGAAAAUGAGAGCUCCUUCAAAUACAUGACUUGUAUUCUUGUCUCAUUCAUUGAUGUAGGAAGAAGUAGCAUUUAAAUUAUCUAGUCAGAUAAACAGAGGGUAGUAUGCUGAUACAUGUAAAUGUAUUACAUUUGUAUUGGCACUCAGAACUGCUACUGCAAAAUGUAGAUUAAUGAACUGUUUUAAAAAAUUGAAAGGCAUAAUUUCAUUGAUUAAUUUAUAACAAGAUUCUUAAACAAAGAUCUUGAUUGGAGACUUGUUUAUGUAUACAUGUAAACUGUUAUAAUGUAUUUUUAUUCUGUGAUAUGUCAAAGUUCCAUCAAAUGCCAUGUUGUACCAUAUUUUGCUUGCUCAAUGAUUUAAAUGUAUUAUCAGAAGGCUGUGAUAAUUAAAUGUAUAC